GGCCGGGGAGCUGGCGGCGGGGGCGCGCGGGGGCCCGGGCCGCGUGGGCGCCGGGAUGGAGGGCGCCGAGGGGCGGGGAGCGGGCGUGCGUGUGUGCGAGUGCGAGGGAGGCCGGCCUUUAGUGUAACCGGAGCUACAAAGAAGGGGAGAGUCCGGGAGAGGGAGGGAGGAGCGGCGGCGGCGGCGGCGGGGGGCAGCUCCGCCAGCCGGCCCCUUCCCCCCGCGCCCGCGCCCACCCGGAAUGAUGAAGAAGAACAAUUCCGCCAAGAGGGGGCUUCAGGAUGGCAACCAUCCGUCCGCACCGCCUGAGAAGGUCGGCUGGGUCCGGAAAUUCUGCGGGAAAGGGAUUUUCAGGGAGAUCUGGAAAAACCGUUAUGUGGUGCUGAAGGGGGACCAGCUGUACGUCUCUGACAAGGAGGUAAAAGAUGAGAAAAAUAUUCAAGAGGUGUUUGACCUGAGCGACUACGAGAAGUGUGAAGAGCUCCGGAAAUCCAAGAGCAGGAGCAAGAAAAACCAUAGCAAGUUUACUCUUGCCCACUCCAAACAGCCUGGCAACACGGCUCCCAACCUGAUCUUCCUGGCCGUGAGUCCAGAAGAGAAGGAAUCCUGGAUCAGUGCCCUCAACUCAGCCAUCACGCGAGCCAAGAACCGCAUCUUGGAUGAGGUCACCGUUGAGGAGGACAGCUAUCUCGCCCACCCCACUCGAGACAGGGCAAAAAUCCAACACUCCCGCCGCCCCCCGACUCGGGGACACCUGAUGGCCGUGGCUUCCACCUCUACCUCGGAUGGGAUGCUGACCUUGGACCUGAUCCAGGAGGAAGACCCCUCCCCCGAGGAGCCAAACUCUUGUGCCGAGAGCUUCCGGGUGGACCUGGACAAGUCCGUGGCCCAGCUGGCAGGCGGCCGGCGGAGAGCAGACUCAGACCAUAUCCAGCCCUCCUCGGACCGAGCCAGCGGCCUUCCCCGAUCUUGGGAAAAGCCAGACAAAGGGGCCACGUACACCCCACAGGCCCCAAAGAAGUUGACCACCACAGAGAAAGGCCGCUGUGCCUCCCUGGAGGAGAUCCUGUCCCAGCGGGACCCUGCCCCAGCCCGCACCCUCCAGCUGCGGCCCGAAGACCCCCCAUCGCUCCUUCCCCCACACCCGGGCCAGCUGUCCCGGAUCCAGGACCUGGUAGCGAGGAAACUGGAGAAGACUCAGGAGCUGCUGGCAGAGGUUCAGGGACUGGGCGAUGGGAAGCGAAAGGCCAAGGACCCCCCUCGGUCUCCGGAUUCCGAGUCGGAGCAGCUGCUGCUGGAGACAGAGCGGCUGCUGGGAGAGGCGUCGUCAAACUGGAGCCAGGCGAAGCGGGUGCUACAGGAAGUCAGGGAGCUGAGGGACCUGUACAGACAGAUGGACCUGCAGACCCCCGACUCCCACCUCAGACCCGCCCCUCAGCACAGUCAGUACCGGAAGAGCCUGAUGUGAAGGAAGGGGUCAGCGGCUGGGACUUGGGGGCGUGGGGUACACAGACUCUUAUCAACAGGUGUUGCGCAGGAUAAAGCUUUUUUAUUUACCUCAGUCAAAAAAAGGAAAAAAAAACACACA